AUUACUUGUGAUUGCUGAUGAAGAAGCAGAACAGAAUCGAGCAGCUGCUGCACUCAAGUUACCUCUGUAGCAUAGGAGUAGCGAACCCCCUUUCAUCUCUUCAGGGCUGGGAUCUCUUGAGAAGCAAUUUGCAUACGAAGCAGCAGGUUGGAGCAGAGGCACAAGUGCGAGCUGCUGAAGCCUCUAUUGGUGUAUGUGUGGUAACAACAUGUCUGUCCCCCUCCUUGCUGAUGCCGUGACCAUUUCAGGGGCAGAGCGGGAGACUGCAGCGGUCAUUUUUUUACAUGGGCUUGGAGACUCAGGGCACAGCUGGGCUGAGGCACUUUCCUCCAUCAGGCUCCCUUACGUGAAAUACAUCUGCCCUCAUGCGCCCAGGAUCCCUGUCACCCUCAACAUGAAGAUGGUCAUGCCAUCCUGGUUUGAUCUGAUGGGCCUAAGUCCAGAUGCACCUGAGGAUGAAACUGGAAUCAAAAAAGCAGCUGAGAAUAUUAAAGCAGUAAUUGAGCAUGAAAUAAAGAAUGGAAUCCCGGCCAACCGUAUUAUCCUGGGAGGCUUUUCACAGGGUGGUGCGCUAUCUCUCUACACGGCACUCACCUCCCCGUACCAGUUGGCUGGCAUUGUGGCCCUCAGCUGCUGGCUCCCCCUGCACAAGAGCUUUCCUCAGGCAGCAACUAACAGCAUGAACAAAGACACCCCUAUCCUGCAGUGCCACGGAGAGAUGGACCCCAUGAUCCCAGUGCGAUUCGGCGCGCUCACGGCAGAGAAGCUGAAGGGUGUCGUGACCCCAAGCAGGGUGCAGUUCAGAACCUACCCAGGAGUGAUGCACAGCUCUUGCCCACAGGAGAUGAUGGCUGUGAAAGAAUUCAUCGAGACGCUUCUGCCCAGGAUUUAAAGCAGAGCUGCUUAAGACUGUUGCCGGGAGAGGAGACAAGUGGCCACCACCUACGAUCGUUAACCUGUCAGCUGCAGACGGAAGCCAUGGCAACCCUCCUUCACUCCCUCCGGCUUCCUUUCUCUGGCCUCCCCCUUCCUCCUGCACCGACCCCUCGUGUGCCAAGUGAGGGGUGCCCCUCUUUCCUGUAGGGGGAGUGAAGGUACGCAGCAGUUUUAAGGUACAGCUGAGAUGCCAGCGUGGCCGCCUCCUUGCCGAUUAGUAUUUUGGCCACCUGAUUUCAGUCUUUCCCUGCCCUCCCUUUUCUCCCAACCCCCGAACACACGCACCCUCACUGUGGCACUGAACUGGGUGACAGCCAUAGGUUUAGAUCAAAGGUAUUACGAGAUGGUGUUCUGUGCUGUUACAGUAUUUUAUGGGAGUGCCUGUGAGGUCCCUGAUUGAUUGGCUAUCCAUGCAUCAUCCCCCUGGAGCAGCCUUACUGGCACAGGCAGGGUCGAGGCUCCCUUCCAUGCCGCUGAUGUUCCACUUUCUCUACACCGGGGAAGCAGGAAGAAACAGCUUCUGCCCACAAGAUAAUCGUUCCACAGCGUUCUGUACCUUGCGUGCUCCUCCCAUAUCCCCUCGGCAUUGUCGGCUGCUGUCGCCAUUCAGCGCGUGCUCAGCCCUCCCAACAUGCAGGAGUUGGUUGGGUCACAGAUGUGGCAGAGGGGCAGCCUGCCUCACCAGGAAUUCUUCACUGUUGUAUAUUUUUUAAAAACUCCUUUUGUUCCUUUUGCUAUCAUCUCUGCUUGUGUGUCCUCCAUGUACCAGUCUGUCUGACUCUAUCACUAUGCAGACAUGGCAGAGUUCAAGGGAGUGGGGACAGCAGCCUCCUGUUCAUUGCAGGGGUCACCGAAGCACCCGUGCUGAGGGCCAGUGGCUCCUCUUGCAGUGGAGACUGUGCCUCAGAUGAUGUGUGACUCAUGGCCUAGAGGAGCCCGCUUGUGCUUCCCUUAUCUCUGUGAAGCAUCUGCAGCCUCCCAGAGAGCAUCUCCUUAUCUCUGUGAAGCAUCUGCAGCCUCCCAGAGAGCAUCUCCUUGUCUGGUAGUGGAACCUGCUGAACCCUGCGCUCCCACCUAGCCCUGGCGGCUGGCGCUUUUUGAGGCAGCUCCCAGAAUCUCUGCUUUGCCACAUGGCCUCUCCCCUGCCCAGGGGCUGGGCUGGCAUCGCCAUUUCCAGCAGGGAGCUGUGCUGUUGAUCAGCAAAGGUGGUCUUUACCCCCCCCCCCACGCCUUCCCUUCUAGUGAGCCCCCAGAAGGGGGGCAGGAAGUGUUUUCUAAAGUACCUUUCCUGCACCUUCUCUUUUCUUCUUUUGGUGAAGGACUAGUACAGCCUCCUGUUUUCUUCUAGCUUCUUGCUCCUUGUGUGGAUCAUGCUGCCUCACACCCUUCCCCUGCUCCCUCCGUCGUCCCUGUUGAGAAGUGGCGGCUGCAGCAGGAGUCCUGGGGCCAUGGGGGAAUAGAGUCCCCCCGCUACUCCCUGCUCUUCUUGUGAGACAGAGCAAGGCCCAGCAAAGGGCUGUGUCCAUAGCCUGCCCUGGAAUGGGCAGUCGUCCUUCCUGAGCCACAAUAUGUCCCACUGCUUAUGGGGCUUUCAGCGGAUCAAGAUAGCCUGGCGGGGGCACGGCUCUACAUCCUGCUGUCCUGUUCGCCCCUGAAGCGGCAAUUGAGUCACUCUUGGGAAGAAUGAGAUGAGAUUGAACUUGGCCUCCAAUGCAGGGCUACUCAUCAUUGGCACAGGGAGAGGUUGCCAGCCACUUCCCAAGUUGGCAGCUGACGGCUGCUCCAGGCUGCUGGCACUUCCCAGCUUGGACCCCAGCCUGGGCGAGAGAGCUGGCUGGGUGCCAGAACUGCUUGCAUUCACAAGCAGGAAGAGGCAGCUGUGCGGAUCGCUGGGCUGGAACGCUUAGUACGUCAUCUGUGUCAUCGUCAGAGAGGCAGAAAGCAGUAACCUUUUUGCAAUCUGAUGUGACAGGAUCUGCUUAAACAGCAAAACUGCCUCUUGCUUGCCACUUGGGGGGUUCCCUUGCCCCCUUUCUGCUUUACACUUGGCCAUGCCAGUGGGCGAACAAAGUGGACCUGGUCUUGCUUGUGCAGGGAAUAAAAUCCUGCGGUGGUUUGGCGAAUGGUACCACUUGAUGGCUGCAAGAUGUACAUGCGCCUUUUCUGAAGGGUUCCCUACAUUUAGAUAAAAAUCCCUGCAAGUAAAAUUGAACAGCUGACCAAAGAGGUCCUAGCCCAAGCUUCCCCAAAUGCUGCUUUUCUACAGGAGCAAGGGAGGGGAAGGGUCUUCCAUAGGGACUGCUGAGAGAUGCAGCAUUGUAAUCAUAUAUGCAGCUGUAAGUGGCACGGCCCACUUGGACCUUCUUGCUGUGUUCAGCUGUGUCUGUCUAGGCCUGGCCUGUGGCCUCUUUUCUGCAAAGUGAGUGCGGGCAGGCAUAUAUGGGAGACCAGUGUCCUCCUGUGGCUCGCUGCAGCCUUUCCCCUCUUCCAUUCAUGAGUUGGGUGGUUCUGCAUAUUGGCUGGACCGAGAAGUGCUCAGAUUGCUGCCGCUGCCGGCUCCAUUUUGUUUGGCUCCUUCUCAAAGCAGUUGCCACAGUGGCCUGCAAGUCAUGGGUAUCUCUGUAGGGAAUGUAUUGAAAAUAGGGAAGUCCAAGGAAGUUGGUGGCUGCUUUAUUCCUGCCCAUGACUCUGGCUUCUCUCUCCCCUCCCUUCCUCGCCUCCCCUUUUGUCUUUCCCAUCCAUCAUUUUUACGUUUGGGUUCAGCUGAGUUUAAAAUAAACACAACCAUCAGCGCCUCA